CUCAGGUAUUUAAAUGGUACCUAUAAAACUUUCGGAGUGUGUUACUGUUAGUAUAGUAUACUGACGGUUGUAUUCGUCAGUACUACCACAAUAAUGGGUCGAAUUACAACUCUUUUGGCUGUUGGUGCUUUAUGCAUCUUAAACGCAACAGCCCUACCAAGUAAACCAGAUUUAUUGGGUAACGAUCAAAUUGACAAUGUGAACUCUUUAGAGUCAUCCUUCAAAUCCAGCCCAGAAUCAUCCAAUUACAGUGCAUCUGAAUCCAGCUCAGAAUCCAGUUUCACAAAUAAUGUCAGCAAUAAUAACGCUAACAACAAUUUAAACACUGCAAAUUCCAACAAUUAUUCAAGUUCUGAAUCAAGCAAUAACAGUAGUUCGGAAUCUAGUUACAGUAGUAGCUCGGAGUCUUCUGUUGUAAAUAACGGUUCUGGAUCUAAUACAAAUGAUAAUAGCAAUGUUGGUUCGAAUUCAAACACAAAUAAUUACUCUGGUUUGAACACAAAUGGAAAUUCUGGAUCAAAUACAAAUAGUUAUUCUGGAACGAACACAAAUGGAAAUUCUGGAACGAACACAAAUGGAAAUUCUGGAACGAACACAAAUGGAAAUUCUGGAACGAACACAAAUGGAAAUUCUGGAACGAAUACAAAUGGAAAUUCUGGAACGAACACAAAUGGAAAUUCUGGAACGAACACAAAUGGAAAUUCUGGAACGAACACAAAUGGAAAUUCUGGAACGAACACAAAUGGAAAUUCUGGAACGAAUACAAAUGGAAAUUCUGGAACGAACACAAAUGGAAAUUCUGGAACGAACACAAAUGGAAAUUCUGGAACGAACACAAAUGGAAAUUCUGGAACGAACACAAAUGGAAAUUCUGGAACGAAUACGAAUGGAAAUUCUGGAACGAAUACAAAUAGCUAUUCUGAAUCGACUUCAAACUCAAAUAGCACAGAUGGAUCCAGCGCCUGGAAUAAGAUCUGGGACUUGUACCAACAAUACGUGAAGAAACAGGGCGUUACCAUCAACGACAAUAAAGCCCAAAGCUCAAGCAGUUCAACGUCAACUGCAAAUAACAAUGGUAGCUCUGGUGCCGCUAAUUCUGCAAGUCAAGGUACGAUAAAUGACAAUGGCAGUGCAGUAUCAAGUUCUGCUAGUUCAGCUUCAGGAAAUAAUGGAAAUGGUCAGGGUUCUGCUGCAAGCGCUGCCGACUCAGCUGCUGCAUCCUCGCAGCAAUCAGGCCCAGUCAAUACACCAGGAUCUGGAUCAUCAGGCUCUUCAAAUUCAUCUUCGAGCUCUUCCAGCACAGCUAGUCAACCAGGAACAUUAUACAACCAAUCAAAUCAAGCAACCACCAACGAUCAAAGUCAAACAACGUCUACAGACGUAACCACCCAACCAGGUCAAAAUGGUCAAACGACGACAACCACUACAACAAAUCAGUCAGGUCAACCUGUGACAUCUACUUCAAGUACAGCUGCAUCAAGUAGUGCCGCUUCAUCAACCACUGGCAGUCAAACAACAACAAUAGUAACCAACCAACAAGGGACAACCGGAUCUUCGUCAGCUGCAUCCAACAGCGCUGCUUCAUCAACCACGGGUGGUCAACCAACAACAGUAGUAACCAACCAACCAGCGACAACCGGAUCUUCAUCAGCUGCAUCCAGUAGCGCUGCUUCAUCAACCAGUGGUGGUCAAACGACAACAAUAGUAACCAACCAACCAGGGUCAACCGGGUCUUCGUCAGCUGCAUCCAGUAGCGCUGCUACAUCAACCACUGGUGGUCAAACGACAACAAUAGUAACCAACAAACCAGCGACAACCGGAUCUUCGUCAGCUGCAUCCAGUAGCGCUGCUUCUACAACCACUGGCGAUCAAACGACAACAAUCGUAACCAACCAACCUGGGACAACCGGAUCUUUGUCAGCUGCAUCCAGCAGCGCUGCUUCAUCAACCACUGGUGGUCAACCAACAACAAUAGUAACCAACCAACCAGGGGCAACCGGAUCUUCGUCAGCUGCAUCCAAUAGCGCUGCUUCAUCAACCACUGGUGGUCAAACGACAACAAUAGUAACCAACCAACCAGGGUCAACCGGAUCUUCGUCAGCUGCAUCCAGUAGCGCUGCUACAUCAACCACUGGUGGUCAAACGACAAUAAUAGUAACCAACCAACCAGCGACAACCGGAUCUUCGUCAGCUACAUCCAGUAGCGCUACUUCAUCAACCACUAGUGGUCAACCAACACCAGUCAUAAAUAAUCAACCAGGAACAACCGGAUCUUCGUCAGCUGCAUCCAGUAGCGCUGCUUCUACAACCACUGGAGGUCAAACGACAACAAUCGUAACCAACCAACCAGCGACAACCGGAUCUUCGUCAGCUACAUCCAGUAGCGCUACUUCAUCAACCACUAGUGGUCAACCAACACCAGUCAUAAAUAAUCAACCAGGAACAACCGGAUCUUCGUCAGCUGCAUCCAGUAGCGCUGCUUCAUCAACCACUGGCGAUCAACCAACAACAAUAAUAACCAACCAACCAGCGACAACCGGAUCUUCGUCAGCUGCAUCCAGUAGCGCUGCUUCUACAACCACUGGCGGUCAAACGACAACAAUAGUAACCAACCAACCAACGACAACCGGAUCUUCGUCAGCUGCAUCCAGUAGCGCUGCUUCUACAACCACUGGAGGUCAAACGACAACAAUCGUAACCAACCAACCUGGGACAACCGGAUCUUCGUCAGCUGCAUCCAGUAGCGCCGCUUCAUCAACCACAGGUGGUCAACCAACAACAAUAGUAACUAACCAACCAGGGACUACUGGAUCUUCGUCAGCUGCAUCCAAUAGCGCUGCUUCAUCAACCACAGGUGGUCAACCAACAACAAUAGUAACUAAUCAACCAGGGACAACCGGAUCUUCGUCAGCUGCAUCCAGUAGCGCUGCUUCAUCAACCACAGGUGGUCAACGAACAACAAUAAUAACCAACCAACCAGCGACAACCGGAUCUUCGUCAGCUGCAUCCAGUAGCGCUGCUUCUACAACCACUGGCGGUCAAACGACAACAAUCGUAACCAACCAACCUGGGACAACCGGAUCUUCGUCAGCUGCAUCCAGUAGCGCCGCUUCAUCAACCACAGGUGGUCAACCAACAACAAUAGUAACUAACCAACCAGGGUCUACUGGAUCUUCGUCAGCUGCAUCCAGUAGCGCUGCUUCAUCAACCACAGGUGGUCAACCAACAACAAUAGUAACUAAUCAACCAGGGACAACCGGAUCUUCGUUAGCUGCAUCCAGUAGCGCUGCUUCAUCAACCACAGGUGGUCAACCAACAACAAUAGUAACUAACCAACCAGGGACAACCGGAUCUUCGUCAGCUGCAUCCAGUAGCGCUACUUCAUCAACCACAGGUGGUCAAACAACAAUAAUCGUAAACAACCAACCAAGUCAAAAUGGACAAACCACAACUACAUAUUCGGGAAGCCAAUCAGGUGCUUAUAGCUCUGCAGGUCAAUCAGGUACAGGUGGAUCAACAGCAGCUACUUCAAAUAGUGCAGCUUCGUCAACCAGUGGCGCUGGAACAUCAAAUGCUUCUGCCUACUCUACCACCUUAUCUGAAGUAUUCGGCAUAGCCAAUCCAAAUUUGAGUGAAGAUCAACUCUGGGAAUUGUGGCUUUGGUAUCUGAAUAAGGCACAGCAGAAUUCGUCAAGUGCCUCGUCUAGUAGUUCAUCUAGUUCUUCAACAACUGGAUCUAAUUCCGCAGCAGCUAGUUCUGCUAAUUCCUCGGCUGCAUCUGAAAAUGCUCCAGGCUCAACAAUCACUUACACCACAACAAAGAACAUCCCAGUACAACCAGGGGAAAUUGAUGAGACGAUAACAACUUACACUUAUAUCCCAGGGCAGCCAGGAAACCAAGCAUCUUCCACGUCAUAUUUAUCAAACACUGAAACCUCUAACGGUCAACCAGGUUACGUAGGUCAAAGCGCCAAUGCUGCAUCAUCAACUUCGGCCGCAAGUACCGCAACCUCUAACGGUCAACCAGGUUACGUAGGUCAAAGCGCCAAUGCUGCAUCAUCAACUUCUACCGCAAGUACCGCAACCUCUAACGGUCAAUCAGGUUACGUAGGUCAAAGCGCCAAUGCUGCAUCAUCAUCUUCUGCCGCAAGUACCGCAACCUCUAACGGUCAAUCAGGUUACGUAGGUCAAGGGGCCAUUGCUGCAUCAUCAUCAACUACCGCAAGUACCGCAACCUCUAACGGUCAACCAGGUAACGUAGGUCAAAACGCCAAUGCUGCAUCAUCAUCUUCUGCCGCAAGUACCGCAACCUCUAACGGUCAACCAGGUUACGUAGGUCAAGGGGCCACUGCUGCAUCAUCAUCAACUACUGCAAGUACCGCAACCUCUAACGGUCAACCAGGUUACGUAGGUCAAAGCGCCAAUGCUGCGUCAUCAUCUUCUGCCGCAAGUACCGCAACUUCUAACGGUCAACCAGCUUACUUAGGACAAGGCUCUACUGCCACGUCAUCAUCUAGUACAACAAGCACGGCAACCUCCAACGGACAACCAGGCACGGUAAUAUACAGCCAACCAGGUGCAACCACGACUACAUAUACAUCAACCCAAGGUCAACCAGGGACAGCCACAUCAACAUCAGCUGCGUCAAGCGCAGCUUCAUCUAGCACUUCUGGUCAAUCAACACCGAUCGUGACCAGCCAAUCAGGGCAAACCACUACGUAUACAACAAAUCAAUCAAACUAUGCAGGUCAAUCUGGAACUGUUGGAUCAUCUGCUGCUUCAAGUGGCGCAGCCGCAUCAAUUAGUGGUCAAGGAGCGUCAACAUCUACGACAUCUUUCACAUCAUCCACUGCAGCGGGCAGUUCGGCCCCAUGGGACAAAAGGGGAAAUACCAAACUGUGCGUCUGCUAUAACAACAUGAAAGAUAUACCCGCGAACAUUUGCGCGCAAGUUGGCUGCUACUAGGCGCCAUCUUGUAAAAAAACUAAACAAAAUGGCCGAUGUUGUAACCAUGUUUCGUUUGUGUUCUUUUAAUAAAUUCGAGCAUUGA